AUUUUCAAUCUUGCGAUUACAUGCCCCUGUGAAAACAAAGAAAGGUAAUGGAUUUCGAUCAGAUUUUGUUUAUAUUGUUGAUGUCAAUUUUUGCUACCUGCGGAAUCAUAGGGAAUAUUGUUAUUAUCAGUGUAUACUUUAUCUAGAAACUUUCCUUUCCUGUACGGAAGUAUAUACUAACUCUGUCGGUAGCAGACUUGGUUAUCAAUGUCAUUAUUGUCCCCUAUACCGUCUUUUUUGAAUUCAAUAUGGUGACCAAUGACGUCAUGUGCCAUGGAAUGGAGGUUGUGCGACAUAGUUCAGUCGCAUUCUCAAACCUAAUUUUGAUUUUGAUCGCCGUUGAACGUUUAUUACGCGUCUGGAAGCCAACAAAAAAUUAUGUUUCCACAAAAAUGAAGACUUUCUUUAUUCUGGCUGUGCUGAUGAUAUCGGUAAUUUGUUCUGUUCCUGCAGCACUUAUUAUGGAAGUGACACCUCAUAGUAACAAUGCAGCCAAAAAUGAGACAAACCAACCAAAGGUCUUCAACAAUCUUAGCACCGAUACAUUGGAACCGUUUUGUGGGUAUACUACGACUACUUUAGGCGAUAAUGGUAGUAAGAUAUACAGGGACUUCCUGUCCACCAUGAUAUCAGCUGAACUUCUGCUCCUGAUAAUAAUUUACGUCAUAGUCUACGUAAUUCUUUACACACUCAACGAGGAACGUUUUCGGCGUUCAGCUUCGGAUUCUUCUGGACAGCCAUCAGAAAAUUCACAAAAACCCAAGGAAAGACAGGAGAUAUUGUACAUAAAAACUAAUGGCGACAGUAUUGAAACUUAUUCAUCAAAACCAGGAACCUACCUACAACCAAACACAGCGGAGGGGUCGACUGCACACUCGAGGACAGAAUCGCCUGUUGAAGGAGUGACGUCAUCUGAGGAGGACGGCCUACAAGUCAGACAAACAAGGAAAAAUAAAGUUCAAAAGCGAAAGAAAAAACUUCGUUUCUCUAAAAGUACAUCUUAUGUUCAAACCAAAACCUGGACCACCAUGAUGUUCGUGUGUACAUUUAUUAAUCUUAUUUGCUGGAUUCCCUUUUUCUUUGCAAUUUUUAAUAUAUAUGACAGUUUGGUGUUUCGAUACUUCUUUUUUCUUGGAUACGCAACAAAUCCCAUUGUAUACAGUGUGGUCAACCAGAAAAUCGGGCAAGGAAUCGCGGACAUUUUAAAGAAAUUCAACAUAUGUCUUUGAGGAUGUAUUUAAUGUUUAUUACUCCUAUUUCGUUGUAAAAGAUGUUUUUAUUGAUUAAAAAGUCUAAAAACUACCUAUAAUAAUCUUGCGUUGAUAACUUGA